UCAUCACACAUAUUAUAUAUCUUUUUCUCUUCUGCACUAAAAGUUUGAGUUUUUGGAAGCAGACAAGUAAGUGUGUUUGUGUGUGUGUGUGUGUGAGAGAGAGAGAGAGAGAGAGAGGAGAAGUGAAGUGAAGGCGUAGGAUAAGCAGAAGCUGCGGUCCGUUUUCUUUUUUUCUCCUUUUGUGGUUGUCCAUGUUGCCCUGAUGUUAUGGAAUCUUGGCCUCCUCCUCCUCCUCCUCCUCCUGCUACUGCCCCGCCGCCUCUCUAACCCACGCCUCGGACUUGCCAAAAGGUUGAGUCUCUUUGAGUCUUUUGAGUUGGGUUUCCCGUCACUAACAAUGGGUUCUGCUGCGGAUGGUCACCGAGGCAGAAAAAUGAGAAUGCUCUUCUUCUUCGCUUGCUUAUGCUGUCUCAUGUCGCUAACUUGCGCCGCCAGGCAGAAGCUUCAACUUCAGCUUCAGAAGCACUUGAAAAGGCUCAAUAAGCCUCCCAUUAAAACCAUUCAGAGCCCAGAUGGUGAUAUUAUUGACUGCGUCCACAUCUCUCAUCAGCCAGCUUUUGAUCAUCCUUUUCUCAAAGACCAUAAAAUGCAGGCAAGGCCUAGUUUCCAUCCAGAAGGCCUUUUUGGUGAGAACAAGAUGUCCAUGGGGUCUAAAGUAAGAGCAAAUCCAAUAACUCAGCUGUGGCAUAUGAAUGGCAAGUGCCCUGAGGAUACCAUUCCUAUUAGGAGAACAAAGAAAGAAGAUGUGUUGAGGGCUAGCUCUAUAAAAAGAUAUGGAAGGAAAAAGCAUAGAAGCGUCCCCAAGCCCAGGUCUGCAGAUCCUGACCUCAUCAAUGAAAGUGGUCAUCAGCAUGCUAUUGCAUAUGUGGAAGGAGACAAGUAUUAUGGAGCAAAAGCUACUAUUAAUGUUUGGGAACCCAAAAUACAACAGCCUAAUGAGUUCAGCUUGUCUCAAAUUUGGGUCUUAGGUGGUUCAUUUGGCGAAGACCUUAACAGCAUUGAAGCUGGUUGGCAGGUCAGCCCAGAUCUCUAUGGAGACAACAACACUAGGCUCUUCACUUACUGGACGAGUGAUGCAUAUCAAGCCACAGGUUGCUACAAUCUUCUUUGCUCAGGCUUCAUUCAAGUCAAUAGUGAAAUAGCAAUGGGCGCCAGCAUCUCUCCUGUUUCUGCAUAUCGCAAUUCCCAAUAUGAUAUUAGCAUUCUUAUCUGGAAGGACCCAAAAGAGGGACACUGGUGGAUGCAAUUUGGGAAUGACUAUGUGUUGGGGUACUGGCCAUCUUUCUUAUUCUCCUACUUGGGAGAGAGUGCAUCCAUGAUUGAGUGGGGUGGAGAGGUGGUGAAUUCAGAAGCUGAUGGAAAGCACACUUGUACUGAGAUGGGGAGUGGGCAUUUCCCAGAAGAAGGAUUUGGCAAGUCAAGCUAUUUCAGGAACAUUCAAGUUGUUGACAGCUCCAACAACCUCAAGGCUCCCAAAGAUGUUGGCACUUUCACUGAGCAAUCCAACUGCUAUGAUGUCCAAACAGGGAGCAAUGGGGAUUGGGGGCGUUACUUUUACUAUGGAGGCCCUGGAAGAAACCCUAAUUGUCCAUGAAGUAAAGAAAGAAAAGAGACUCUGAAGAGCUGGAGCACACUAGUGUAUAAAUUGAAUGUAAGAUGUAAUGAUGGGGUGUGUAGUGUAGUGUAGUGUAUUGGGGGGAGUUUAGUUAUGACCCGAACCUGGAGAAGUUGUCCAUAUGUUAGUGGUUGGGGUAGGAGGGGAAGAGUGGUCUGGUUUAUUGAGAAGAUGAAAAGAAGCUGGGAGGCAGGGGUUUUAUCAUUUUUUUAAUAUUACUCAAAAAAUCUUGUUUAGUUACUCCUCCACUCCCUCUCUAUA